AUGAGCCUUCCUAUAUACAUCUAUUUCGAACGCAUGAGAGCAUAUACCCUAUAUACCGUAAGAAGUUACGAUGUAAACUUAGGAAAUUGUCGACACAUGAUUGUCCGUUUGGAUAUUCAAGAUGGAAAUUGGUUGUUCUCAGGUGUCUUUAUGGGCUACGUCUCUGGAGGAAAUUUAAAUUCCUCUGGUCUCGUCGAAAGCCCGACUUCAAUUGUACACUCCCCCAUUAAUGGAGUUUACCGCGAAGAAAAUAACGGUGAACUUAUUCUCGUCGGCUAUAUUACUUGCGAAAACUAUCUAUUACUCUAUAGGUUCAGUUGUCUCGAGUGUGAUCUGUUAUUCCGCUAUCCGAGCUUUUUGAACAAUCAUUUAAGACGUAUGGCUGUACAUUUCCAGAGUGUAAUAGAUAUUUCCCGACGAUUAGUAAUAGAAAUCGUCACGAGAGAAAUUGUCACCGCUAAGUAUUCUAAACUUCUUGGUAAUGUUCCAACAAAGAGUUGA